UUGCUCACGCCCUUCCCCCUCCCAGCUCUUCUCCAUUCACCUUUGUGCUGCUGCUGAGGGAGGCCCGCCCUGGUGCCAGCUGCCGCUCGCAACCUUGGGUGGACAUGAGUAGAGGGGCCAGGGGCUGCCCGUCCUGCACCACCGUGCCCCUGCCUGGGCCUGCCCCACCCCCCUCCACUGAAUCCUCCUUAGGUUAAUUAUAACUCUGACCUAAGUGCCCUGUGACACCGCGCCCCAGUGGCCCUGCCGGAGACCCAGCCACCAGGUGCACGUGGCAGCCAUGCUUCCUACAGACGUGCCCCUCUCCCAUUUGAGCACCUCCCUGCUGCUGCUGCUGCUGCAACUGCUGCACCCCGCAUCUUCCUUCUUCCCCAACGUCUGGAGCCUCCUGGCUGCCCCUGGCUCCGUCACCCACCAGGACCUGACUGAGGAGGCGGCACUCAAUGUCACCCUGCAGCUAUUCCUGGAGCAGCCGCCCCCAGGCCGGCCCCCGCUGCAUCUUGAGGACUUCCUGGGCCGCACCCUCCUUGCUGAUGACCUCUUUGCUGCCUACUUUGGGCCUGGGUUUCCUUCCCGGCGGUUCCGAGCAGCCUUAGGUGAGGUGUCUCGUGCCAACGCAGCCCAGGACUUCCUGCCAACAUCCAAGAACGACCCUGACCUGCACUUCGAUGCUGAACGGCUGGGCCAGGGGCGCACACGCCUGGCCGGGGCUCUACGGGAGGCCCUGGUGGCAGCCAGGGCCCUGGACCACACCCUGGCCCGCCGGCGUCUUGGGGCUGCACUUCAUGCUUUGCAGGAUUUCUACAGUCACAGCAACUGGGUGGAACUGGGGCGGCAGGAGCCGCAUCCUCACCUCCUCUGGCCGAGGCAGGAGCUCCAGAGCCUGGCACAAGUGGGCGAUCCUACCUGCUCUGAUUGUGAGGAGUUGAGCUGCCCCGGGAAUUUACUGGACUUGACGCUCCUCACGUCCGGCUACUUUGGAUCUCAUCCCUCCAAACCGCCAGGGAAAUGUAGCCAUGGGGGCCGUUUUGACCGGAGCAGCUCCCAGCCACCACGGGGGGGCAUCAACAAGGACAGCACAUCCCCGGGCUUCUCUCCCCACCACAUGCUUCACCUCCAGGCUGCAAAACUGGCCCUUCUGGCCUCCAUCCAAGCCUUCAGCCUCCUGAGAAGCCGCCUGGGAGACAGGGGUUUCUCUAGCUUGCUCCCCAGGCUGCUGGAUAUCAGCCCAGCCUCCAGCCUGAGCUUUGUCCUGGACACCACGGGCAGUAUGGGUGAGGAGAUCAGUGCUGCCAAAAUCCAGGCUCGCCACAUUGUGGAACAAAGAAGGGGCAGCCCCAUGGAGCCUGCCCACUACAUCCUGGUACCUUUCCAUGACCCAGGAUUUGGCCCUGUCUUUACAACCAGUGACCCUGACAGCUUCUGGCAACAACUCAAUGAGCUCCAUGCCUUGGGGGGUGGAGAUGAGCCUGAGAUGUGCCUGUCAGCCCUAGAGCUGGCUCUGCUGCACACACCUCCCCUCUCAGACAUCUUUGUCUUCACCGAUGCCUCCCCCAAGGAUGCCGUCCUCACCAACCGGGUGGAAUCCCUGACUCAGGAACGGCGCUGCAGAGUGACAUUCUUCGUGACUGAAGACCCACUGAGGGUUCAGGGCCGAGCUCGGCGUGAGGUCUUGUCCCCUCUGCGUUUUGAGCCAUAUGAAGCCGUGGCCCUGGCCUCAGGAGGAGAGGUCAUCUUCACCAAAGACCAGCACAUUCAGGAUGUGGCGGCCAUUGUUGGGGACAGCAUGGCAGACCUGGUUACCCUUCCCCUGGAACCUCCUGUUGUGGUGUCUGGGAGGCCAUUUGGCUUCAGUGUGGAUGCGCUGCUCCAGAGGGUCACAGUUCGGAUCCAUGGGGAGGUCAGCAGCUUCUGGAUCAGGAGCCCAGCAGGAGUCUCCCAGGGCCAGGAGGAAGGCGAAGGGCCUCUAGGUCACACGCGCCGCUUUGGGCAGUUCUGGAUAGUUACCAUGAAUGACCCCCCACAGCCAGGGACCUGGGAGAUCCAGGUCAUAGCGGAGGGCAUGCCCCGGGUUAGGGUGCAAGCCCAGACAGCCCUGGACUUCCUCUUCUACUUUGGAAUUCCCAUGGAUGAAGGCCCCCACCCUGGCCUCUACCCCCUGGCUCAGCCAGUAGCAGGCCUCCAGACCCAGCUGCUGGUAGAGGUGACAGGGCUGGGUUUCAGAGGUGACCCCAGAGAUCUUCGGUCGCAUUUCUCCCAUGUCGUCCUUCGAGGGAUUCCAGAAGGGGCUGAGCGGGGCCGGGUGCCCCUGGAACCCAUGGGACCACGGGAGCGAGGUCUCCUGGCCGCCUCACUGCCACCCGCACUUCUGUCCACCACGGGCCCCUUCUCUCUGGAGUUGAUCGGCCAGGAUGGAGAGGGGCAUGGCCUGCACCGAGUGGCCCCCCAGCCCUGCACCGUGGUCCCAGUCCUUCUGGAGCUCAGCAGCUCCCCAGGGUCCCUGGCCCCCGGCAGCAAGGCCCCACUUAGCCUCCAUAUUGCCAGCUUCUCAGGCCCUCAGGAUCUGGACCUUAGGACAUCUGUCAACCCCAGGUUCCCUCUCACCUUCAACCUCUCCAGGGUUCGCCUGGAACCGAAUGAGUCUGUGUGGGGCCACCUGUGGUUGGAGGUCCCGGACUCAGCCGCUCCAGACUCCGUGGUAAUGGUGACUGUGACUGCGACAGGUCAAGAAGGCAGCCUAGUGCCCCCGACCCAUGCCUUCCUCUGGCUCCUGGUGCUGGCUCCGGCCCCGCAGGACCCACUGGCUGCCACUGCCCACUCAUCUGGCCCCAUCCUCCACUCGACCAGCUCUGUGUCCACUUUGGUGACUCGGGGAAGGGCUGCAGGAGGGCGGAUAGGCAACUGCUGGUGGGGCACAGUUGGAGGAGUGCUGCUCCUGCUAGGCUUGGCCUCCUGGUAACACUACAACCCCUAGAGGAACGGGUCUCCAGUGCUAUUUUCAAUCUUAUCCCAUUGCUGAGAAGGUGACAUGGGCCUCUGGCCCCCACCUCUCCCAGAUGGGAUGAAGGUUUUCCUUCUCAUGCACUUGUCCCUCUCUUCCUUAGUGAGAUUGAGAUAGAGAGCCAUGGAUUCUCCCAUAGUACACUUUCUCUAACUCUGGUGGGAACCAAAGCAAAUACUCCUUUUUGGAGAAAGUUGGUUCCUAUUUCUCCGUAGCAUCUCUUUUUUUUUUUUUUAAUUUUUUUUUUUUAAUUUAUUUAUGAUAGUCACACACAGAGAGAGAGAGAGGCAGAGACACAGGCAGAGGGAGAAGCAGGCUCCAUGCACCGGGAGCCCGACGUGGGAUUCGAUCCCGGGUCUCCAGGAUCGCACCCUGGGCCAAAGGCAGGCGCUAAACCGCUGUGCCACCCAGGGAUCCCGCAUCUCUUUACUCCAUUAUUUAUUCAUGCUUUCCCAAGCUCAGGAAAAGGAAAGAUGUAUGGGGAGGAAACUAAAGUUGGGAGUGGGGUUUAUGUAUAGAAUUGUUCUUAUUUGAAAUUCUGAAGAAGCUCCUAUUUUAUUUUUGUAUUUAAAUUUGAAGGACAGUUUCAGUAAACAUAUCUGCCCUAGAGAGAGAUUCCAAAGAGAGAUCAUUUAUGGAUAUGGGGACAUAUCAGGGAGAUCAACCUAUCAGGGAGAGGAAAGAUGAAAUGGAAGUUUUCAGUUGCUGAGAAGAAACUUUAUACCAAGAUGUUUGGACUUCAGUUGGCCCAUCACCUGGAGCCAUUUAUCUGUUAGGUCAAGAGGCAGAAUAAGGAGACUGGGGGCUCGGGCCCAGGCCUCCCACCACCACCACCACCUCACCAAAUGAGGAAACCCAGAGGAACCUUUACACACGGGUUGGGCCCCCCCGCAUCUUGGGGCAGCCAAGCUGGACGGUCUCCCCUUUUGGCUGAAUGCCUGCCUUCUGCCUGGACAGCUCCUGGAGAAGAGGAGAGAAACCGUGGGCAUCUGUGCUCCCCGCUCCACUAGGGGGCCAGGCUCCGCCCUCCUGCCACCCCCUACAGCCUACCUGUUGCUGCCAGAGGUUCUGCUUCCUUGGCCUUCCCUUCCAGCCCUGGGCAGCAUGGAAAUCAGCCUUAUUUAAGGGAUGUGAGGAGAACUGGGAGGGAGGAGUGGGUGGGAUUU